GCUACGCCGCCAUGGAUGCCGCCUGCUGCGCCUGCGCUUUUUGACGAUCGUCGUUUCUUGCAUCGUUUUGUGUGUUGAGGCCGUAGCGCCAUAGUACGCUCGCAGUAAUUGCGGGGGCCGUUUGAGGGGCCUUUUUUGCGCCUGUAAUGUCCAAACGACACCGAAUAGACGUGGGAGAUUCCCCGGUAACCAAAAAAAGAGAUCGGGAUAUUGAUUAUGAUCGGGAGGACCGAAGCAAAGAGAAGGUGGACAACUGCCAUAAUUCACUGACAGUGCCAGUGUCGCAGCAGUUGAAUGCCCUGACUGGUCUUCCCUAUUCAAACCGUUACUAUGAGCUAUUCCGUAAGCGGAUAGCACUCCCAGUGUGGGAAUAUCGAGACAAGUUCUUCCAGUACCUCAACAACCAUCAAAUUCUUGUUUUGGUUGGAGAGACUGGAUCUGGCAAAACAACUCAGAUUCCACAGUGGUGUGUGGAGCUUCUGCGCCAGAAAGGAGGUCGCCGCGGUGUUGCAUGCACACAGCCAAGAAGAGUAGCAGCCAUGAGUGUUGCUGCACGAGUGGCAGAGGAAAUGGAUGUGGCUAUCGGCCAGGAAGUUGGUUAUAGUAUUCGUUUUGAGGACUGCUCUUCUCCGAAGACAUUGUUGAAGUACAUGACCGAUGGUAUGCUUCUGAGAGAAGCGAUGAGUGACCCACUGCUAGAAGCCUAUGGUGUUGUGCUCUUGGAUGAAGCUCACGAACGCACUUUAGCUACAGACAUCCUCAUGGGAGUCCUAAAGCAAGUUGUCACCCAGCGACCAGACCUGAAAAUUGUUGUUAUGAGUGCCACUCUUGACGCUGGUAAAUUUCAGAAUUAUUUUGACAAUGCACCACUGAUGAGUGUUCCGGGUCGGACACACCCUGUGGAAAUAUUCUACACACCAGAACCUGAACGAGACUACCUUGAAGCAGCCAUUAGGACUGUCAUCCAGAUUCAUAUGUGUGAAGAAAUUGAAGGCGAUAUUUUGCUGUUCCUGACAGGCCAAGAGGAAAUCGAGGAAGCAUGUAAAAGGCUGAAGAGGGAAAUUGACAACUUGGGACCAGAUGUGGGAGAAAUGAAGUGCAUUCCGCUCUACUCAUCAUUGCCACCAAAUCUGCAGCAACGUAUCUUUGAGCCACCGCCGCCUGCCAAGGCUAAUGGAGCCAUUGGGCGAAAAGUGGUUGUCUCAACAAAUAUUGCUGAAACAUCUUUGACCAUUGAUGGUGUGGUUUUCGUGAUUGACCCUGGAUUUGCCAAGCAAAAGGUGUACAAUCCUCGCAUCCGUGUUGAGUCUCUCCUGGUAUCGCCCAUUAGCAAGGCCAGCUCACAGCAGCGAGCAGGCCGUGCUGGCCGCACAAGGCCAGGCAAAUGCUUUAGACUCUACACAGAAAAAGCGUACAAGACAGAGAUGCAGGACCAAACGUAUCCUGAAAUUCUUCGUUCAAACCUUGGUUCAGUUGUUCUCCAAUUGAAGAAGUUGGGCAUUGAUGACUUAGUGCACUUUGAUUUCAUGGAUCCUCCAGCUCCUGAAACAUUGAUGCGUGCGCUAGAGCUCCUCAACUACCUACAGUCCUUGGAUGACAAUGGUGAACUCACUGAAUUGGGAUCCAUAAUGGCAGAGUUCCCCCUAGAUCCUCAACUAGCGAAGAUGUUAAUCACGUCAUGUGAAUACAAUUGUUCCAAUGAAGCCCUCUCCAUCACUGCUAUGUUAUCAGUUCCGCAGUGCUUUGUGCGCCCCAACGAGGCCAAAAAGGCUGCUGACGAGUCCAAGAUGCGCUUCGCCCACAUUGAUGGAGACCACCUGACCCUGCUGAAUGUGUACCACGCCUUCAAGCAGAACCAUGAAGACACUCAGUGGUGCUACGACAACUUCAUCAACUACCGUUCCAUGAAGAGUGCGGACAAUGUGCGGCAGCAGCUGUCAAGAAUUAUGGACCGCUUCAACCUUCGUCGAACGUCUACGGAAUUCACUAGCAAAGACUACUACAUCAAUAUUCGCAAGACCCUUGUGUCCGGCUUCUUUAUGCAGGUGGCCCACUUGGAAAGGACUGGCCACUAUUUGACAAUCAAAGACAACCAGGUUGUGCAGCUCCAUCCAUCAACUUGUUUGGAUCACAAACCUGAGUGGGUGGUGUAUAAUGAGUUUGUCCUCACCACCAAGAAUUACAUUCGUACCGUCACAGACAUCAAACCUGAAUGGUUGGUCAAGAUUGCACCCAACUACUAUGACAUGUCGAACUUUCCCCAGUGUGAAGCAAAGCGCCAAUUGGAAUUUCUCAUAGCCAAAAUGGAGACUGUGCAAUACCAAGAAGGAUUCUAAAGCACAUAGUGCACAGCUGGCAUCUGUACAAAAUGAUUAUUCAUGGCUGUCUCUUUUUUUUUUUCAUAGAUCAUGGAAUCAUUUUUUUUUUUUUCACUUUUGUUCUAGCUGCACUCUGGCUCUAUCUGUGGGCCUAUUGCCAGUACCUACCCUUGCUUGCCUCUAAGGUUACCUGUGUAUUGCUUUUAAUAAACAUGGCUUUCACAGGGGUCUU